CCAUUAAAAAGAGAGUAGAAGAAGAAAGACGCUCUAGAUACCGGAAGUCCACUAGCUUUCCAUUGCUAACAUGCUAACUCUCUUUGUUAACACGAAAGUUCCUGUAUUAUAACCUCAGGAAAGUGUGAAGAAGUUUAGAUGUCUUUGUAUGAAAGUUCGGGUUGUUUCUCCUCUUUUUAAACACUGUUUAGUUUAGAGUGAUAAAGUUAGCAUCACGGUAGCUUGCUCGCAGGAAAUAGACGGAGCCGGAUUUGUGACAGCGCCAAAAACAAUGGAGGAUGUGUAAAGUUUAUUCCAUCUAAAUAGUCCAGAUAACUCUGACAGGAGAACUCAGAAGUUUUACAACUAUCAUUGUUUUUCAUGAAUGAUUUCACCCGGGUACAUUCGCUGUUUAUUAAGUCAGCUUAGCUUGGUUCCAGGAAAUAGACGGACCCAAAUUCAAAUUUCCGUCUGCAGAGAAAGUUUUUAAAGAUGUCUAAAGUCGACACUAUGAGACUUUUAGUGAACCAGAGACUGACUGCAGCUGCUGAAGAGAUCUUUGAGCUGUUUGAAAGAACCAUAGCAGAGUACGAGGAGCAACUUAGAGGAACUAAAGAGAAGCAACACAAACUACUGGACUCUGUUUACAACCCGGAAGUCCUCUUACACAGAGCAGACGUCCAGCAGCUGUUGGAGAUUAAAGAAGAGGUUCCCCCUGAGCAGCAGGAGAGGAGACCCAGUCUGGACCAGGAGGACCCACCAGAACCACCACCCAUUAAAGAGGAACAGGAGGAACUGUGGAGCAGUCAGGAGGGAGAGCAGCUUCAAGGACUGGAGGAGGAUAUCAGUCCGUUAAUAUUCCCUCCCGUCCCUGUGAAGAGAGAAGAGGAUGAUGGAGAGAAACCUCAGUCCUCACAGCUUCAUGAGAACCAAACUGAGGAGAUCAGAUUGAGGACUUUACAGUCCUCUGAGUCUGAGACUGAUGACAGUAGUUGGGAGUUGGAGGUAAGGAAAUGUGAGUCAGGUCUGAACCCUGACGAGUCUGACGGUAAUAUGACAAACACGAGCAUGACGAGCUUUAAAGGGAAGGAACAACUUCUAGAACACAAUCCAGGCAGCAGAAAAAGACCAGAACCGUUUAGUUGUUCAAUUUGUAAAAAGAAGUUUCCAUGGAAAGCCUCCUUAGAGCGACACAUGAUCACACACACAGGAGAGAGACCUUUCAAGUGCUCCAUCUGUGGCUCCAGGUUCACCCGAAGUCACUCUCUGAGCUUACACCUCAGAGUUCACUCAGGAGAGAAACCUUUCACCUGCUCGGUCUGUAACACAAGUUUCAGCCGCAGACACAAUCUGGAUAUACACAUGAGGACUCACACGGGAGAGAAACCGUUCAGUUGUUCAGUCUGCGCUAAAAGAUUUCCAACAAAACGAAACCUGAAACUCCACUCGGCCGUGCACACCGGAGAGAAACCCUUCAGUUGUUCCAUUUGUUGUCGCAAAUUCGCUCUCCUCGGGACUCUGAAGCGACACAUGACGGUCCACACGGGGGAGAAACCCUGCAUGUGUUCAGUUUGCGGUCAGAGUUUCGCCACACACGGGACUCUGAAACGACACAUGAACGUCCACAAAGGAGAGAAACCGUUCAGUUGUUCAAUUUGCGGCAACAAGUACACCCAGCGUGGAACUCUGAAACGACACAUGUCCGCGCACAUGGACGAGAAACCGUUCAGUUGCUCCGUUUGUGGUAAAAGAUUCACGCAGGGUGGAACGCUGAAGCGACAUAUGGUCGUCCACAUGGAGGAGAAACCUUUCGUCUGCUCGGUUUGUGGGAAAAGGUUUGCGGAGCACGUCAGUCUGAAGGUGCACCUGAUCGCCCACUCGGAGACGACACCAUGUUCGUGAUUUUAGCGGGACUCCUCUUCCACGUGUCAAAGUCAUGUUUCCUCAAACACUGCUCCAUCUUUAAAUCUGACGCCGCGUGUACGGGGUCCCACAUGUCUAAGGACACUCUGGACUUUGUUUUUACUUUUGGUUUAAAUGUUGAUGUUGUUUUUAAUCAGCAUGUUCCUAGAAAGUUGUGUAGUAGAUAAAGAUGCUCAAGCAGCAGGUACGACCUCAGCCUGGAGAGGACCGUCAAGAAAAGUCCACUCAAGAGCAUCAAGAUCCACAGACGUCUUCAGGAAAGAGACUACGCCUGUCACAUCCCUUGUAUGAAGACUCUCCUGAACCAGAGACGACAUCAGAGGAGUCUUACCUGGGCUAAUGAGGAACUGGACUGGUGCUCAGUGCUCCAAAGUCCUCUUCGGAUGAAAUGUUUGUGUUACAUUUGGGAAUAAAGGACCCAGAGUCUGGAGGAAGAGUGGAGAGGCACAGAGUGGAAGUCCAGUGUGAAGUAUCUGUAGUCUGUGAUGGUUUGAGGUGCCAUGUAAUCCUCUAGUGUUGGUCUGCUGAGUUACAGCACUUCAUGCUUUAUCAGCAGGACUUGGCCCCUCCCCACAUGAACUGUAAGCCAUAAUCAUCACAAUUCUAAGAAAUAAAAGUUUGAAAUAUUUC